UGCAGGGAGUCUUUCCCAAAUGACCUGCAGUUCAGUAUUUUAAUGAGGUUCACUGUUGAUCAGACACAGACUCCAAACUUGAAGGUUAAAGUUGCCAUUUUGAAAUACAUCGAAACGUUGACUCUACAGAUGGAUCCUGCAGAUUUUGUAAAUUCCAGCGAAACCCGUCUAGCAGUAUCAAGGAUCAUCACAUGGACAACUGAGCCAAAGAGCUCGGAUGUUAGAAAGGCAGCUCAAGCCGUUUUAAUAUGCCUGUUCCAACUCAACACUCCAGAGUUCAGCAUGCUGCUUGGAGCUCUACCAAAAACAUUCCAGGAUGGAGCCACCAAACUUCUUCAAACACAUCUUCGUAGUUUAGCCAGCAGUACCCAGCAGGGGUCUGGAAACAGUUCUAUAACACGAAGCACACCACGUUCACCUGCAGGUUGGACCAGUCCCCUCACUUCACCAACAAACACAACUCAGAAUACUGUACCACCAAGUGCUUUUACCUAUGACGCAGAGAACAUGAAUUCAGAAGAAAUAUACUGCUCUCUUCGAGGAAUGACUGAAGCAAUCCAGAACUUCAGUCUCCUUAGUCAAGAAGAAAUGAAUGAACCUUUGCGACGAGAUUCUAAAAAAGAUGAUGAUGGAGAACUGGCUGUUGGUGGAGUUAGCGAUAUUCGAGGAGGUGGUGAUGCCACUGACUCAGGACGAACUGCUCUGGACAAUAAAACAUUACUGGUGAACACCACACCCCAACGUAGUAGCUCACGAUCACGUGAUUAUAAUCCUUAUAAUUAUUCUGAUAGCACUUCUAUCAAUAAGUCUGCCUUAAAGGAAGCCAUGUUUGAUGAUGAUGCUGAACAAUUUCCUGACGGAAGAAUUGUAAAUACCAGCAAGAGAAUUCACGCAAAGCAAAGAAGUAAUCCUCAAAGAAAUACAGCUGAGGAAGUGAACAUGAAUAACGCAAUGAAUGAACACAAAUGAAUGUGUCCAACCUAAGCAACAAGUUGAAGUAAAAUGUCUACACACUUCAUCACAGAUUUACUUUGAGAAUGAGAAUAAAAAUCUGCUAACGCUUAUUGGGGACCUGGUGUCAUGGAGUUCUAAAUGAUAUUUAAAGUUUCCGGGCUUUUUUUUAAUUACUCAUGGGAAGUGGACGUCACUGGCUGGCCAGCAUUU